AAGGAAAAAUCACCAUAGAAGAAUUUAGAGCAAUUUAUCGAAUUAUCGCACACAGAGAAGAAGUUAUUGAGAUUUUCAACACAUAUUCUCCAAACCGGAAAAUUCUUUUUGAAACAAAUCUGGUUGAUUUUCUAAGGCAAGAGCAGUAUGUCAUGGAGAUGACUAAAACGAUUGCUUAUGAGCUCAUUCAAAAAUAUGAACCCAUUGAAGAAGUUAAGAAACAACGCCAGAUGUCAGUUGAAGGUUUUACAAGAUACAUGGAUUCAUCUGAAUGUUCAGUGUUUAAAAAUGAGUGUAAAUAUGUUUAUCAAGAUAUGAAUCAUCCGUUAUGUGAUUAUUUUAUCUCAAGUUCACACAAUACAUACCUGAUAUCUGAUCAAUUAAUGGGACGAAGUGACCUUUGGGGAUAUAUAAGCGCCCUUGUGAAAGGAUGCCGUUGUCUGGAAAUUGACUGCUGGGAUGGAUCGCAAAAUGAGCCUAUUGUAUACCAUGGUUACACACUUACCAGUAAGAUUCUAUUUAAAACUGUUAUCCAAGUGAUACACAAAUACGCAUUUAUGACAUCUGACUACCCAGUGGUGCUCUCUUUAGAAAAUCACUGCUCUCCUGCCCAACAAGAAGUGAUGGCAGAUAAUAUGCAGGCGAUUUUGGGAGAUACUCUACUUUCUGAUAUACUUGAUGAUUUUCCAGACAAACUACCAUCACCAGAGGCAUUAAAAUUCAAAAUAUUGGUGAAGAACAAGAAAAUAGGAACGUUAACAGAAACCCGUGAAAGGAGAGGUUCUAAUAAGCAUGGCCUGGUAGAGGAAUUUGAAGAAGAAGUCGAUCAAGAAGAUGAGGAAGAUGCAGCAUCUGAGGUUCCUUCUUUCAAAAGCAGUCAGGGAAAGAAAACCUCGAAGGUGAAAAUAGCUCUGGCCCUAUCAGAUCUUGUCAUUUACACUAAAGCUGAGAAGUUCAGAAGCUUUGAACAUUCAAGAAUGCAUCAGCAAUUUAAUGAAAAUAAUUCCAUUGGGGAGUCACGGGCCCGAAAACUUUCAAAGCUGAGAGCAAAAGAAUUUAUUUUUCACACUAGGAAUUUCAUUACCAGAAUAUAUCCCAAAGCAACGAGAACAGACUCUUCUAAUUUCAAUCCCCAGGAAUUCUGGAAUAUAGGUUGUCAGAUGGUGGCCUUAAAUUUCCAGACCCCUGGUCUGCCUAUGGACCUACAAAAUGGAAAAUUUUUGGACAAUGGUGGUUCUGGGUAUAUUUUGAAACCACAGUUCCUAAGAGAGAGUAAAUCGAACUUUAAUCCAAAUGAAGCACUGAAAAACAGUAAACCAAUUACACUUACAAUAAGGCUCAUCAGUGGUAUCCAGCUGCCGCUUAGUAAUCCCUCAUCACCUAACAAAGCCGACACACUGGUGAUAAUAGAAAUUUAUGGUGUUCCAUACGAUCAAAUGAAACAGCAGACUCGUGCAAUUAAAAAAAAUGCUUUUAGUCCAAGAUGGAAUGAAACCUUCACAUUUAUAAUUCACGUACCAGAACUGGCAUUGAUACGAUUUGUUGUUGAAAAUCAAGUUCUAAUAACUGGAAAUGAAUUUCUUGGGCAAUAUACUUUACCAGUUCUAUGCUUGAACAAAGGUUACUGUCGUGUUCCUCUGUUUUCCAAAGCAGGUGAGAGUCUUGACCCUGCUUCACUGUUUAUUUAUGUUUGGUACGUCCGAUAG